AUGAAAUUCAAGGCCGCAAAGUCCAGAUCUCUCAUUAUCAAGAAUGGCAAAACCACAGAUAGGUUCAUUCUCAGAGUACAGAAUGAGGAUAUCCCAUCUAUCACUAAGAGUCCAAUCAAGUGCCUAGGGAAGUGGUUUGAUGCAAGCUUGCAAGAUGGUGACAAUGUCAAGAAGCUAGAAAACCAGGUGGAAGACGGGCUAAAGAAAAUUGACAAAAGCAAUCUCCCUGGGAAGUUCAAAGCCUGGUUAUACCAGCAUGUCUUACUUCCAAGGCUAAUCUGGCCUAUGAUGCUGUAUGAGAUACGAAGCUCAAAAAUUGAAGCCUUAGAGAGGGUUACAAGCAGACACCUCCGCAAGUGGUUAGGAAUACCACCCAGUUUCUCCGGUGUAGGACUGUAUGGAAAGAUCAAUCAGCUUCAACUCCCAUUUUCUUCACUGGUAGAGGAAUUCAAAACAGCGAAGACAAGAUUGGUGCUCACCCUCAGAGAUUCCCCAGAUGAGCAAAUCCGGGAAGCAGGGAUUGUAACCCGUACAUGCAGGAAGUGGUCAGCAUCAGAGACCGUUAACCAGGCUGAAAGCUCACUUAAGCUCAAGGACAUUGUGGGAAUGACCGCUGUGGGACGACAGGGAAUUGGUGCUACCAAGACACCCCUGUGGAACCAGGCAGACAAGAAGGAGAGACGUGCCAUGAUUCAGUCAGUUCACGACCUCUUACCCUCCCCAGCUAAUCUCCACCGGUGGGGACUUACAACGGAUCCAGCAUGUGACCAGUGCGAUUGUCCUGACACUCUGGAGCAUUUCCUUUCUUCCUGUUCCACUGCACUAACACAAGGAAGGUACAGAUGGCGUCAUGACAACGUUCUUAGGGAGGUGGCUGACUGGCUUGAAGGUGAAAGGAAAAAGGAACGCAGGAGUAACCCCAAGCUUUGUCAUAUCAACUUUGUGAAACCGGGUGAAACUGCCAAAACACAGUCGCCACACCAACCAUCAAUUCUAGAUGGCGCAACAGGUUGGAACACGGAGGUGGAUCUUGGUAAGAAGCUUGUUUUCCCAAGUAAUGUCCAGACCAACUUAAGACCAGAUAUUAUACUGUGGUCUGAGAAAGGAAAGAAACUCAUCAUGAUCGAGUUAACAGUACCUUGGGAGACAAGAUGUGAAGAGGCCUACGAGAGGAAAAAAGCAAAGUAUACAGAGCUACUCAACCAAUGUAGACAGAGAGGCUGGCAUACAUGGCUGUUUUCUAUUGAAGUAGGUGUGCGAGGGUUCUGUUUGCAAUCUUUGUGCCGACUGAUGACAGCGAUAGGAACUACUGGGAGGGAUAGACGUAGGACUAUCCAGAGACUGAGCCAAGCUGCAGAGGGCUCGUCUAGCUGGCUGUGGCUGAGACGAAAGGAGAAGAGCUGGAAGCAAUCGACCUCCACACCGUAA